AUGGCAAAACAUGAGGAACUGGAAACUAUUGGUCUAGGAUUUCUAGGAGAGGAUCGUAGUAUCUAUUCAUACAAGUAUGAUCAGAAGAGUACAGAGACUGGGAAUAUAAUUGUGCUGACACUUUUUUCCAAUGUCAAUCUAAAAAUUAUAACUAUUCAUGACUUUAAGCAAACUGGAAAUAUAUUUGAUCGUCUACCCAGAAAUCUCCCAAACCUAGAGAUUCUAAACCUGAGAUAUUGGUAUAAGUUGGUAGAUAACGAAGUAAUUGAGAUACUGAGCAGAUCCAAGCAAAAUCUUAGAGUAUUAUCUUUAAAUUGUUCCAGCAUUACAGGGAUUGGUUUAGAGGAAGGAGUAAACUCUCUUCCAAACCUAGAGAAACUGAUACUAAAAGGAUGUAAGAACCUAAAGGAUGAAGGACUGAAAGAGAUUCUUAAAAUAUCUGGUAGUAAACUCAGAGUUCUAGAUCUAUCUGAUACUGAUAUAACAGGGAUUGGUUUAGAGGAAGGAGACUACUGUCUUACAAGUCUAGAAACACUAAAUCUGGCUAAUUGUCAAGAAUUGACUGAUGGAGGACUAGUGAAGAUACUGAGAAUAUCUGGAAGUAAACUCAUAGUUCUUACUUUAGCUGAUACUAAAAUAACAGGGAUGGGUUUAGAGAAAGAAGUAAAAGCUCUCCCUAUGCUGGAGAAUCUGAAACUGAGUUUUUGUUGCAAUCUGACAAAUGAAGGACUGGUGGAGAUUCUGAGAAUAUCUGGGAAUAAACUCAGAGUUCUGAAUCUAUUUGGGAUUGGGUUAGAGGAAGAAGUAAACUGCCUUCCAAACCUAGAGACACUUUCCCUAGUACUUUGUGAAAAAUUGACAGAUGGCGGACUGGUUGAGAUUCUAAGAAUAUCUAGGAGAAAACUCAGAGUUCUAAAUCUAUCAAGCAGUACGAUAACAGGGAUUGGAUUAGAGAAAGGAGUAAAAUCUCUCCCAAUGUUAGAGAACCUGGACCUUAGUUCGUUGACUGGUAGAGGACUGGCUGAGAUUCUGAGUAUAUCUAGAAGUAAACUCAGAUCGCUAAAUAUCAAUAGAAUUAGAAUAAACCGAGUUUGUUUGGAGGCCGUAGUACAAUCUCUCCCUAUGUUGGAGAACCUGGACCUUAGACUGUGUGAAGACCUGGAUGAUUUCAGACUCCUGGAGAUACUGAGAAUAUGUGGAAGCAAACUUCGAGUUCUCAAUGUAUCUGCAGGCGGUAGUAUAACAGGUGAAUCUGAUUUAGCCAAGUAUCACAGUUAUGAAGACCUUGAACCUGAAGGACGAAGUUUAGAGAAUAAAUAUCCAAACCUCGUCAAGCUCAGAUCUAUCGGGAAAUCUGUGGAGGGACGUGAACUCUAUGUUUUCCAGGUACCAUCUUUAGCAGAGAGAAAAAAUCAAACCUAA